GCCCUCAGCGCUCGCUGGUUCCGGGGCGGGCCGGGCAUGGCGCUGGCCGGGGACGAGCCCUUCAGCCCCUCGGUGCUGGGCACCAGGGAGCACUGGGAUGCUGCGUACGAAAGAGAACUGCAAACUUUUCAAGACAUUGGAGAUACCGGGGAAAUCUGGUUUGGAGAAGAAAGCAUGGUGCGCUUAAUCAGGUGGUUGGAAAAGCACAAGGUCCCCUUUGACAGCUCUGUGCUUGACAUUGGGACUGGGAACGGUGUUUUACUGGUUGAAUUGGCAAAGUCUGGCUACACAAAUCUCACAGGGAUUGAUUAUUCACCUUCUGCAAUACAGCUUUCAGAAAAAGUAAGAGAGAAAGAAGGGAUGUCUAACAUUAAAUUAAAGGUAGAAGACUUCCUGGCACCCUCAGCUGAGCUGUCAGGCUUUGACAUUUGCAUUGACAAGGGGACUUUUGAUGCCAUAAGCCUCGACCCCAGUGACGCGGUGGGGAAGCGGAAGCUGUACGUGGGAUCCCUGUGCAGGGUGCUGAAACCAGAGGGCUUCUUCCUCAUCACCUCUUGCAACUGGACCAAGGAGGAGCUGCUGAACGAGUUCAGAGAAGGAUUUGAAAUUCUGGAGGAGCUGCCAACACCCAAGUUUUGCUUUGGAGGAAGAAUUGGAAACAGUGUAACAGCAUUGGUUUUCCAAAGGAAAAAAGUGAGGCCAUCCAUCUUGGACAAAUUAGAUUAGAUGAGAAAAGUCUGAACUUUAAACCUGACAGAAAACCUCAGACACGUGUGUAAAUAAAUGCUUUUCGAGUGCACAGUAAAAUACUAUGUAUGGAGCUCUAAGGGACUAUAAAACAUUGCCCUAGAAACAUUUCAGCUUUGCAUAAUUUGCCCAUAAAUUGUGUCCUUGCUACAACCUUACUUGUUUUAGGGAAGCUGCAAGUUUGUAAGUGAGUAGGAAGUCAAAUGUGCUAAGUACAGAGACAAUAUUACUGAGUUAUAUUUGUGUUUGAAACAUAAAGAUUAUCUGAUAUUUAGUUUCUGUGCUGGUAAGCAGUGACCUGUAGAGGUAAAGGUAUCCUACAAAGCAAAAA